AACGUCUUAAAACAUUGUCUUUCCAGUUUUCACCUUAAUGGUGCAACAACAUGAGCCCGCGAUUCGAGUCAGCGGUUAGCAUACUACUUCAUGGGUGAUAUCAUGAUAAUCAUCGGUAUAUCGAUAUGUUUUAUUGAGACACAAUGAUUUCAACUCACCGAGUGUCUACCCAUUGGCGGGUUAUUGGUAAUCCAACCCAUCAAGCAUGAAUGAAGUCUGGAGUAUUUUUAUUAUUGGGUCAAGACAGCGCUGGAUUUUGUUUUGAUUUAUGGAAGGAGAUAAAAUUUGCRAUGUUAAGUCCCGCAAACGUCGCCUCAGCUCAUCAAAUUUGGAGAAAUCUUUAACGAAGAAAACAAAGCCAAAGAAUUCCAGUCCGAGCGAAGUCCCUAAGAACAUCAACGCUGAAGCGUUAGUCUUUUCGAAAUUAGAAGAUUCUACGAUGAGCUCGUUAAAGCCUAAAAGCAGCCCUAAACGAAGUGCUCUACGACUAACAAAGACAAAAAAGAAAGGUUCAUCUAAGAGCCAAGCAAAAGCUGAAAAUUGCAUUCAAAACUACUUGGGAACGUGUUUUGAAGUGAAGGUUGUAGACGUGAAGAGAGAAUUGUUAGAUACAGCCACGCUAAGUGAAGUACAGUACUGUCCAAGAUGUCAGGCGCCAUUAACAGCGUCAAUUAUUCAAGAACAUGUCUUUGAGUGUCUGGAAUCAAAUCUGCGAUCACAAGGUCCAUGUCCUAAUGGAUUAGCCUGCAAUAAUCAAGACACAGUCCAUUUUCAACAGUAUAACCAUGAUCUGUUAGCCUUUAGUCGCAGUAAUUCUGCAACAUCAAGUAGUGAGGUGAGAAAUACAAAACAACAACAUGAAGCAAGUGCAAAUAUUGAAGUGAACCCUACUAGUGGUGAAAGAAUAAGUGCACACAGAGAUGACAAUAAAACAGAAAAAAAUGAUGAUAAAUGUCUUAAUAGUGAGAGGAGUAGCAGACUUGAUGAUACUGUUGAAAGAAGUAAAGGUAGCAAUCAAUACAGUGACAAUAAUUUGGACAAAAGUGGAUUCGAUGAUAAUGACUUGGGAAAACUUAGUGAAUUGAGAAACCACCAAAUCACUGUGAACAAAUGCAGUAGCAAGAAAGAUAAUGCUGACAGGAUAAGUGGCACCAAUGAAGAUUUAGUAAAACAUGGAGCAAAAAAGAACAAAUUAGAAGAAAAUGGUUUGAAUAGUGGAAAUAUAAUUGGUACUACUAAUGGAAGUUGUCAUGAGUGUAAAUCCUUGUCUGAUGAAAGUAUCAGGAAUGACAAAACUCACCAAGUCUUAGCCUCCUCAUGCACAAAAAAAGAAGAUAAAAGCAUUGUUGAUAUCAGCUCGAACCCUAAUGAUGAAUACUUUUCUAAUGCCGAUGAUGAGCUAUUAGCACGAUUAGUAUAUCCCGAUGAUAAACUCCUUUCCAAAGCAACAAAAUAUUCCUUUGUAUCAAACAAUAAAUUACCAAAUAAAAACACUGACAUCGUACCAAAAAAUGCACUCUAUAAAAAUGAAUCGGAAACCUUUGAGAGUAGUAAUGAAGGUAUGGCAAAGUUUCCUGAAGUGAUUCAGCCUAAUAAGUCACAGGAAUCAAAAAGUUGUCUUAAAAGUUACACAAUAUCAGCUGGUAACUCUAAAAGAAUUACGAAACAGCAAGACAUUGGUACAUACUUUGGUUUAAAGCCAUUGGUUAAACCAGAGGAAAGAUCCCAGAGUGACUCGGCAUCAGAAGAAGUAAGUUUACCAAAAAGGAGAAAACAAAACUGGAAUGAAAAAAGGACCAAAAUGGAUGAACAGAUGCAAACUUCUGAAGCAAGUGAGAGUGACUCUUCUGUGAAUACAGCUUGGGAUGGUGGUUAUCGCACAAAGAAGUGCCCUUUUUACAAGAAAAUACCUGGAACACCUUUUGUGGUAGAUGCCUUUCGCUAUGGUACUAUUCCUGGUAUAAAGGCCUAUUUCUUGAGUCAUUUCCAUUAUGAUCAUUAUGGGGGUCUGAGUAAGAACUUCUCUCACCCAAUUUACUGCAGCAAGAUAACUGCCAACCUGGUCCAGUCCAAGAUAAGAGUGGAUAAAAGAUUUGUAAUAGCUCUUCCCAUGAAYACAGCAUCAAUAGUGGACAAGGUGCAGGUCACUCUACUGGAAGCAAACCACUGCCCAGGUGCUGUCCUGUUUUUGUUUGAAUUACCAAAUGGAGAAACACAUUUACACACAGGAGAUUUUAGAGCAUCACCAAGCAUGGAGGAAUAUGUGGUGCUGAAGAACAAGCAAAUAGAUAUUCUCUACCUUGACACCACGUACUGUAAUCCACAUUACAGCUUUCCCUCACAAGACAAAACUGUGACCUUUGCUGUCAAAAAAGCUAUUGAAGCAACAGAGAAGAAUCCCAGGACACUUAUUGUGUGUGGAACAUAUACUAUUGGCAAAGAAAAGGUUUUUCUUGCCAUUGCUGAUGCACUCAACUGUAACGUUAGUGUGACCAGGGAAAAGAAGAAAGUCCUUGACUGUCUUGGGUCGGACAGGAUAACUUCAGUCAUAAGUUUAGAUUGGAAGGCUGGACGUAUCCAUGUACUUCCCAUGGGAGACCUUAACCAUAAGAAACUUGGAUUAUAUUUGGACAAAUUCAAAGAUCUUUUCACYGAGGUAUUGGCAUUCAAACCAACUGGAUGGGAGCAUCAAUCCAAAUCACUUGAUAAGAUUAAGCCAUCUAAACGAGGACCUGUCACUAUCUAUGGAGUUCCAUAUAGUGAACACAGUAGCUAUGAUGAGCUGGAGAGGUUCGUCAAGUUCAUUAGACCACAGAAGAUUAUCCCCACGGUCAAUGUUGGCUCUGCUGCAGAGAGACAGAAAAUGAAUUCUAUUUUUGAAUCUUGGGUGGGGCGAAAAUAGAUGUAUUGUACAAGUACGAUUUUCCCCCCAAAAAAAACAAAAACAAAAAAAACAAAGCUGGAAAAAAAUCAAACUGCUGUGCAUAUAUUUUUGAAAGGACAACCAAUAUUUGUAUUUUUGUAAAAUAUGUGACUGUAAUAAAGGAAUAAAAUACCUAAUUUAUUACUGGGUUGCCUGUGACCGCCCAGUUUCAUUUUGUGUUGCGCACCCCUGUUUUCCUGUAUUGAGAUAAAUUGGAUGUUACUUGGAUAGAUUGGUUUUGACUGAAAUGGCUUGCAAGUGACUGGGCCAAAGCCAGUGACUGGAGCUUGAUUCACAAAAAUUAUGUUUUUAAAUUUUCACCUUUUGAAUGGUCAUGGACAAUCUUAAUGUAUACUAAUAAUUUAACUUAAUUACA